AUGAUAGUCGACACCAUGUACGGCUACAACACCGCAGGUAGAGCUGGCCCCUCCGGCACCAGCUUGAUUUUCCCAUUGGACCUUGGUCAAGUUUCGACCGUUGACACCAAGAACUCGACAACCCGACAGCUCACCCUAAACGACUUGGGUACCAACUGUCCACAAACGCAGCCACCCUCGGCCUCCACCACCGCCAGCCCCAACGGCAGAUGUGACCCUAUCCUUCUUGCUCCGGAGCCGGUCAAAUCAUGGGCAUCGCCUUGUAAUGCAUGUGGCCAAUUUGGAUUAUUCGAUCCGCCGUACGCCGUCCCUCCCGUCACGGGAGGCUUAGUUCCAACGACGCAAACGCAAAUGCAAACCAUCGGAGUGACCAUCUCAGGAACAGGGUCUCAUAGUGGAUUGUCUGUCACGGUGACCGAAACACUAUCUGCGACUGAGAUGUCUACCACGUCGCGUUCUGGCUGGUCCUCUUCGACGAAUAGCCCGUCCACAACCGUGUCUGUGGGAUCAUCACCCGUGAGUACCGGCUCAAGCUCAACUAUGCCUGGGUCGUCAUCAUCGUCGCCGCCACCGUCAUCGUCUUCGUCGUCUUCGUCGUCAUCUUCGUCGUCGUCGUCGUCGUCGUCAGGCUCUGGCUCUGGCGCAGGCCCUUCCCAAACCGCUUCACCCACUUUCAACUCGGGUGGAAAGUUGGCCUGGUCUGGCGAGUGGGCUGGAUUGAGUCUGGUUGCAGCUAUACUCCUAGUGUAG